GCAUAAGAAGUUGCUUUUUCUAUACACAAUCAUCCAGCAACAGCAGAGAAAAAAAGCCGAAACAAAAACAAAAAAAAGAAAAAAAAAAAAUCAUCCAGCAGUCGAUCGAGAGACAAAGACGUAGCAGCACGCCGCCCAAUUCACCGCGUGCUCUGUCGACGACGACGACGACGACGGCGGCCGCCGUCACGGAGCAUUGGAUACUGACGAAAACUUCUCUAGCCCUCUCUUGCGUUAGCGUAGACUGUAGACUGUAGAGCACCCAGCAGCGAGAGAGAAAGCUUGUAGUGGGAGAAAUGCCUUCAAAAACCAAGAAGAAUUCAAAGGCACAGUCGAGGCUGCUGAAUGGUGACCGGUCUGCAGCAUCUCCUCGGACACCAUCAUUGAUACCUUCUCCCAAUUUUGAAGUUAGUGAAGAGAAUCUUGUGUGGUCUUUCGAUGAGGCUUCCACCAAAUACCCUGCAUUGAUUGGAAAAUCCACUUUCAUUGGCAAAGUUAUUGAAGUUGAGCGUGAGUCCAGAGGCUGUAAAAUUUGGCUCUCAGAACCUUCCAUGGUUGCAUCUUCGCUUGCCCCUGGUUCCCUUGUAUCGGUGUCACUUGCUUCAAGGAAGAAAUUUCCAUCUAGCUUCCCACUUUGCUCGUUAGCAGAUGAAUGUGCGGCGAAUUUUGGGGUUGACACUGAAGAGAAAAUGGCAAACAAAGCGGGGAGCUACUUUGCUCUUGCAACAGUUUUUCCUUCUAGCAAGGUUUUCAAGAAUGAAGUGAGAUUGUCUUCAAACCUUUCCCACACCAUGGGCUGUCCCACUUCAGGCAGUGUUGUGUUUGUUUAUCCUAUACAAAGUCAACUUCCACCACAUGGUAUUGUAAAUGGACUUGAUGAACCAAAUAGCAACGGAGUUCAGUGUUUUUCUGUUUACAAUUGCAAGGAAUUGUAUCUAGAGCAAGCUCUUUCACAGAAUAGAUCAACAGUGAGAAGUAAUAUGUUGUCUUCCUUGAACUUCCCAGCUGAAAAGAAUCAUAAUACAUUAGAAAUUGGAAUGGUUUCAUCUCCUAAGACUCCAUUGUAUCAGUCAAAAUUUAGCUCUUCUAGUCCUAGUCACUCAACCUCAUCAAUAUGUGGAGAUCCAGUAUCACAUUUACCAAACCCAAACAGUUCAUAUAUUGAUUCAUUUGACAUUAGUGAUGUAAUGGGGGAUGAAAGUGCUAAGAAACUUCUUCAGACAUGUGCUACUAUGUGGUUGUAUUCUCGUAAUCUACUAUGCGGAAAUUUUGUAUCCAUCCCAAUACUUUCAAAAGUUUACAUAUUUCGCGUGAUAGGUGCUAAAGAUUUGUCAGCAAAGAGUAGCAGUCAUGAUCUCAUAAAAGAGAAAUGUCAUUUGCCCCCUGACACUCCUGAACUAGCGGACCAUGCUUUUGUGAUAAACCGUGAUACAAAAGUCUGUUUGUAUUCACCAUCAACUGCGGUGUCUGAAACUUCUAUUUCAGGUGUUGAACUUGAAUAUAAGGAUGUUAAAGCUAGGGUGGUAGAAAGUUCUUUGAAAUUGGGUGGUCUUUCAAAAGAAUAUGCAAUUUUGAAAGAUAUAAUAAUUUCCUCAUCAGUGAAAGCCACUUUAUUGAGUUUCGGUUUACGAACUACAAAGGGAGUGCUUCUGCAUGGUCCUCCUGGCACUGGAAAGACUACUUUGGCCCAACUUUGUGCCCAAGAUGCCGGUGUUGAGCUUUUCUGUGUGAAUGGACCUGAAAUUGUGAGUCAGUUUUAUGGAGAAAGUGAGAAAGCUUUGCACGAAGUUUUUGAGUCAGCAUGCCAAGCAGCACCUGCAGUGGUAUUUAUCGAUGAGUUGGAUGCCAUUGCCCCAGCUCGGAAAGAAGGAGGUGAAGAGCUGUCUCAAAGAAUGGUUGCUACAUUGUUAAAUUUGAUGGAUGGGAUUAACAGAACUGAUGGACUGAUUGUUAUUGCUGCAACCAAUAGGCCUGAUAGUAUUGAGCCUGCUCUGAGACGACCUGGCAGACUUGACAGAGAAAUUGAAAUAGGUGUGCCGUCUCCCAAGCAGCGGUUGGAUAUAUUGGUUACUCUUCUCAGUGAAAUGCAACACUCUCUAUUAGACAUCCAAGUUCAACACCUUGCUACAGUCACACAUGGUUUUGUGGGUGCUGACCUAGCUGCCCUUUGCAAUGAGGCGGCCUUGGUUUGUCUUAGGCGUUAUGUCAAGUUUAAACAUUCAUGUCAUGAUUUGCACUCCAGUACCUUAUGUGAAGGUUGGUCCGGUGGUAUACUUGAAAGAUCUGAUUGCUUAGAAGAUACAAGAAAUAUUUCAAGGGAUUAUGCAGAUUCCUCUGUUUCAAAUUCAGGUGUAUCCUCAGAUAUUCAACCAUCCUUUUGCUUGAAGGGUACCAUUCCAAAAAUUCUGGAUAAUAUAAUGGAUGGCAUUGAUGAAGAAUGUAGGUUAAGAGUAACUUUUGAAGAUUUUGAACGGGCUAGGAUGAAAGUGAGGCCCAGUGCCAUGCGGGAGGUAAUACUUGAGGUUCCAAAGGUUAAUUGGGAAGAUGUUGGUGGCCAAAAUGAGGUUAAAAAUCAAUUAAUGGAAGCAGUGGAAUGGCCUCAAAAACACCAGGAUGCAUUCAAGCGCAUUGGGACUCGUCCCCCAACAGGGGUCUUGAUGUUUGGUCCUCCAGGUUGCAGCAAAACCCUCAUGGCACGUGCAGUAGCUUCUGAAGCAGGCCUGAAUUUCCUUGCAGUGAAGGGUCCAGAACUUUUCAGCAAAUGGGUUGGUGAAUCCGAGAAGGCUGUAAGAUCACUAUUUGCAAAGGCAAGGGCCAAUGCCCCAUCAAUUAUAUUUUUUGAUGAAAUUGAUGGUCUUGCCGUUAUCCGUGGGAAGGAAAGUGAUGGGAUUUCAGUCUCUGAUAGGGUUAUGAGUCAACUUCUAGUUGAACUUGAUGGUUUGCAUCAAAGAGUUGAUGUUACUGUUAUUGCUGCUACAAAUCGACCGGACAAGAUUGAUCCUGCCCUUUUAAGACCAGGACGCUUUGAUCGGCUGCUAUAUGUAGGACCUCCAAAUAAGACUGACCGAGAAGAGAUAUUCCGCAUCCACUUGCGCAAAAUUCCUUGCAGUGCUGACAUCAGCAUAAAUGAGCUGGCCAGUCUCACGGAAGGCUUCACUGGGGCUGAUAUAUCUUUGAUCUGCCGAGAGGCAGCUGUUGCAGCUAUUGAGCAGGAGUGCCUUAAUGCUUCUGAAAUAACAAUGGAACAUUUAAAGACUGCCAUUAAACAAGUACAGCCAUCAGAAAUUCAGUCUUAUGAGGAGUUAUCAGGAAAAUUCCAAAGGCUUGUUCAUUCUAGCAACAGAAUGAAUUAGGAUUUCAGCUGCACACCCUAGUAAAUCUAACUGGUUCCCAUCUGUAAACAUUUCAUCUCAUGCUAUUUCAUUUUUUUUACUGUUUAAAUAUUGUUAUUUUGGUCAGUAAGUGGAAUUGAAUACUGCUUCUUGAUUGAGAUGCACUCACUCUCUCUCAUGUACCCUACACCCUAUCUUAUGAAACAUUAAGCUUAAUGCUUAUUCAUGUAAAUAUAGGUCUAAGCUUCAUUGUCUCCCCCUGCUCACCUUGAUCUGCAUUUAUAGAGUUAAAUUAGCUAGUAGAAAAUAGAAAUACUAUUAUUAGUUUUCUAUUUUUCUUGACAUGUUACAGACAAAUAGUGACCCUUAUCAAAUUAGUUUUAAGGAUUAUUGUUUAUUAUAGGUUAUGAUCAUAAUAUUCUAGAUGAAGAAUAAUCGUAUACCUAUGUCCGUAAAAGAUAAAUAUUCCUUUAUCAGUGUCUUAUUACCUUCUUUAUAUCUUCACCCCUGCAUUUGCAUGUGAUAUGUCCGUUGCACGUUUAAUCCAAGUCUUGUAAUGUGUCUGAUAAACUAAUACUUUUUCUAAAAGCUUAAGCCAUUAGAAAAUGAUGAGUUUAAUCAUUUAACCAUUAUUUUAACACCCUUCUCACACAUGGGUCCAUACUCCCUUAAUAAGUAUCCAACACGUGGGAUUUUUAACUUUUUAAAUGGGAGAUAGUGUGGAACCAAGAUUCAAACUUAGGGCCACCUGAUCUUAAUACCAUGAUAAGCUAUCACUUGUCCCAAAAGAUUUAGUUCUCAGUAAAAUGUGAAUUUAAUAAUUUAUUAUUCUAACAGUGUGAAUGCCAAGCAGACUUCACCAUGUGUAUGACGGAAAUUGAUGCUUCAUGGGGUUGAGACUUAUCAGUCAUCAUUGUAUUCCAAACUAAUAUUUAUUUGUUCUUGUUAGUUUGAGAAUAAAGAUAAUAAGGUAUUAUAAUAAUUUUUUGAAGGGCAGUUGUUAGUAGUUUGCAGUAUGCAAUUAUUUCCUCUGGUAACAUUACAUUAAUUGAUUGAUUGCUCUUCAAAAGAAAAAUGAAAAGAUUCUGAUUAAGAUUUAUAUCUGAUUUGCAUCAUUUACCUUCUUUUUGUUAAAAUUUUCUUCUGUAAUUUGUUACAUUUUAUGGUUAUCUCUCUCUCUCUCUCUCUAAAUGCAGACAUUUUCUUCACUUAUAAUAAAUCUUCUGUUGUGGCUAUGUUUAAAUUUUCAUCUUAUUUGAAUGAUAAAUUAAUUGAUCAUUUUCUUUCUGUCUUUAACUUUGAUGAAGCAGGAACUACAUAAAAUCUGUUGCCUUCUUUCUUUAUCAAUUCCCAGCAGUCCUUUUACUCUCAAAGUCUGCAAGUAUGUAGCCCAAUUUUGAUGCAACUUUCUACUAUCUUCAUGUCCAUUUCAUCACAGCAUGUCAUUUACAUAAACCCUUCAAGAAGAGAAGAUUACACCUUGUCUGAUUUAAAUAUGGUUUUUGAGGCAGAUAAGACUCGGAGUUCCUUGUGUUUGGGAUUCAAAAAGAAUGUAAAAUAGAACCACCAUAUUUUGAUGGGGUUGGACUCUUGUAAAUGGUGAACAUGGAACUCUGAGUGCAGUGUUUUUUUGUUUUUUUUUUUGCCUUCCAUGUUUACCAAUCUGAACUCCAAUAACAGAUAAAGCAAAUGAUCCUUUCUGGUGGGCCUCAGACAUUGGCAGAUGAUAUUUUGCAACAGUGAGUUAUAGGUUGCAUUUGAAAGUUGUGAUUAAAGACUAAGGGGGCAGCCCGUGGGAUGUGGGGACAAGCUUCUUUGUCCAUCCUAAGAACUGUCUUUUAGUCAUGACUCAUGUACAAGCAUUUCUACUUUUCUGGGUAUUGCAAUUUCUACUACAUAAGUACACAGGAGAAACUUGUGAGCUCAUCACUAUGGCAUUUGACCUGCUGUGGAAACCAUGAUGACUGAAAAUGGAGGGUUGACGCAGGUUGGGUUUAGCCAAGGUUGGCCAAAAGCACAUUAUAGCUUCCUCAGACUAGGAUUUUUUUUAGUAUUGCAUGAUCUAAAGAUCUAAAUUUUGGCCUGCAUCUCAAUGAUCUCAUGUAGAAAUUUUUGUGGUUGAAUUUUGAUUUUUUACAAGUUGGUAAAAUGGGUUGGACAAGUGAAUUGAUGAUGA